ACUUGAGAUGAAUGUUUCACUUUGAGUAAUAUGCGGGCAUCGUCGCGUAAAUUUAAUGACGCAAUAGAAGUUCAGAUGUUUUCCCCGACACGACAAUUGCGAUGUUUUAUUGUAAUGAAGUAAAUGAAAAGCAGCAGACAGAUCAGUGGAGCUGCUGAGGAGGCGAGCUUUACUUCAGACAUGCUUUGAUCGAAUCGCGUGGGAUUUAAACCAGCAAUCUGAAGAGUCCAUGGAAUGUAAUCUGGAGACCUCUGUUGAUUGCAAGCGUCCUACACUCGUUGAGUAAGACUCUGAACAUGUGGUUGGAAAAAUGAACAUGUCUGAGGAGCAAAUCAACUGCACUAUAAACCAUGACAUUCACCAGUACCUGUUUUCUGUUGCAUACCUCUUAGUUCUGCUAGUGGGUCUUCCCGCCAAUGCUUACUCGCUCUACCAUGCCUGGCUUCAGUUGAAAGCUCGCAAUGAGCUGGGGGUCUACUUGUUGAACCUGACCAUUUCAGAUCUGCUAUACCUGGCCUCCCUGCCCCUGUGGCUCCAGUAUAUCUUCCAGGGAGACAACUGGAGUGGCUCCGAGUGGCUCUGUCAACUGUGUGGCUUCCUGCUCUAUGAGAACAUCUACGUCAGCAUUGGUUUUCUGUGCUGUAUCUCCAUUGACCGAUACUUGGCGGUGGUCUACCCCUUCCGAUUCUCUGCUUUCCGAACGGUGCGAGCAGCAGCUCUGGUCAGUACGGUGGUCUGGCUCAAAGAGCUUGCUGUAGGAGUGGUGUUCUUCCGGCAUAAGGAGCUCAGCAGAGACAAGCAUAACCAAUCGGUGUGCUUUGAACACUAUCCUAUGAAGACAUGGGAGUAUCCAAUAAACUACUACCGUUUUUACAUAGGCUUCCUGUUUCCUUUGGGAAUCCUCUCGGUGUCAUACUUCCGAGUUCUUCGAGCAGUGGGUAAAAGUGCAGGCACGCAAACCUCCCAGAAAAUCCGCAUCAAGUAUUUGGUGACCAGUACUAUUGUCAUCUUCCUGGUGUGCUUCUCGCCGUACCACAUCUUUUUGCUGGUGCGUACCAUAUUUGAACGGGACUGCAACUUCAUUGAGAGCAUUUUUAACUAUUAUCAUUUCUCUUUGUUACUGACUUCUUUUAACUGUGUGGCAGAUCCGGCACUCUACUGUUUUAUAAGUGAAAGUGCCCAAAAGGGCAUGCAGAAGGCUCAUGAUGCUUGCACUCGGGUGUUCUGUUGUUGCUCAAAAAGUCAUGGAAGGUUCAACACACACUCCACUGAGCUGGCAGUCACAAACGACAAUGUUACAGGCACAUCAGUGGUGACACUCCUGCAGCAGAUCAAAACUGAAGUUUGAACAAUGUUGUUGCAUUAAUCAUUUAUAGCUGUGCCUCAAUUCAGAGGCCUUUGCAGGUUUGACCUUUAAGAUCCACUUUGGAGUAAGUAUAGGCCUCAUAGCAUAGCAACUGUGACGACUGAUACUCACGACUUGCAGUAAUACAUUUACUGUAAUUUUUGAAAUCAUAUUACAUUGAAAGUAAAACAGGGUUCAAAACCUGUCUAAAUAUGCUCAACCUGGUCUAUUAAUGCACAUAUUAAAAGUAUAAACUAUCUAUAAAUUUGCAUCUUAGUUAGACAAAGUCAAAUUUUGUAAAUGUUUGUGUUUUUAACAUUUGUUUCGUUAGA